GUCGUGAGUCACUACGCGACGCAACGUGUCCCUGUUCUGUUGACUGGGAAGCCCCUAGCGCGGAGCUGCCAACGCCCGGCGUAAAGACACAAAUAGAGGAUACGAUCUUGAAUGAGUAGCAAAGACUGUAACACACAGCUAUGCAGACCAUUAAGUGUGUCGUAGUUGGGGAUGGUGCCGUGGGUAAAACCUGCCUACUCAUCUCUUACACCACAAACAAGUUUCCCUCUGAAUAUGUACCUACGGUGUUUGAUAACUAUGCUGUAACUGUAAUGAUCGGAGGUGAGCCCUACACUCUGGGCUUGUUUGAUACAGCAGGUCAGGAAGACUACGACAGGUUACGACCUCUGAGUUAUCCCCAGACAGAUGUCUUCCUUGUCUGUUUCUCUGUCGUGUCUCCAUCCUCCUUUGAAAAUGUCAAAGAAAAAUGGGUUCCAGAGAUCACCCACCACUGUCCAAAGACGCCCUUCCUUCUAGUCGGGACUCAGAUCGACUUGCGAGAUGAUCCUUCCACUAUAGAGAAGUUGGCUAAGAACAAGCAGAAGCCCAUUACCCCGGAGACAGCCGAGAAGCUGGCAAGAGACCUCAAGGCUGUGAAAUAUGUGGAGUGCUCAGCCCUCACGCAGCGAGGGCUGAAGAAUGUAUUUGACGAAGCUAUCCUAGCUGCCCUAGAGCCACCUGAGACGCAAAGAAAGAGGAAAUGUUGUAUAUUUUAAACUGUCACAGCUCUCAUCUCUUCCUCUGAUCAUUUCCAUUUUUUCUUUCCUUUACUCCACCUCUCUCUUUCUCCUCUCCUCUCCAUUUUCUCUCUCUCUGGAUUUGCUGCUUAAAAAUCUCACCUGUCUCAAUCUCAGCCAUCUAACAAAUUCUUCAGUUUAUACUCACCACUACUGCUCUACUCUGCACUGAGAGUGUUUCAGCUCAUCUUUGUUCUGUGGCCUGUUUAACUAACUAGAGGCCUUUCUGCACGUAAGAAUACUUGUUGCCUUUUCUAACUUGGUUUACUCAGCAUUUUAAUCUUCAUAUUUCACCUCUGGAUUGGAGGUAACACCUGCAUAAUUUCACAUCAUGAAUCUUGGACCUCACUGUGUCUUUCUUAAGCUGUUUUCACACAUGAACUCUGGACAGUCAAAGGAGAACCGAGUCAAGACAUUGUCCACACUUCUUCUUUCUGGAUGAAUUUUCCAGACAGAUAUUCUCCUUUCUCACAUGGACUCAAAUGGUCAUUACUAAGGAUUUUUCUAGGCGAUUGAACAGGAGAAAAAAAAAAUUAGACUUGAUGACUAGUCAGUAAGGAAACUGUAACUGGAGCUCAGUUUAAUAGAUGAGGUUAAAUGUUAUUGUGUUUGUAUUUAAGAGCCACUGAAAACCAUUUAUCGCAGUCUUUAGUAACCAAAACUUAAAAAAAAUUUUUUUUGAAAUAUGUGGCACUUUGCACAAUCUAGCAUUACACACACACACACACACACACACACACACAGUGUUAGUUUGGUGAAUGUGGUAGCACCAACAGCCUUCUUUCCAUUAAAGUUAUUAGAGUCAACUAAACUAAAAACUAAAACAAAAUUUUAAAUAAAUACAGUAUGAAACCCAUUCAAAAAUAUCAGAACUCUGGUUCACACGUGUGUGCACAGUGGUGUUACUCAUUGCUGUCUGUGGGCUGCUGACACAGUCCUCAGUAUUUUGUGCAUCAAAGUCCUUACAGAACUGUGCUGGUUAUGUUUUACUUUCCACCUUGCAUGUUUAUAAUUUCCCAUCACAAAGAGUAGAAAUAUGUCUAACAUCAAUAAUAAUACAAUAAAAAAAGUGAAUAACUAGCAUAGCAAGAGCAGCGGCGUUUCAUCGACCAGCCAUGCACGUCACUGGUCAUUUCACAGGCUUUGUGUUAAAGCAGCUGGGUGGGUAAAGCUAGAUCAGUGUGAUUCCCACACAGCUUCACCAAAUGAUGUCUAAAAGGUUCAUGUGUGAAAACGUCUCUAGUUUUGUUUGGGAUCCUCUCUGCUCUAUGGUAGUAGUGUGUGUCUGUGUCUGUGUGUGCGUGUGUGUGUAAGGGUGGUGGCUUUACAGGCUGAGAUUGAGUUGACACUUAACAGAGCUUCCAUUUCUAAUGCUAAAGUAUUUUUUAUACUUCUAGAGUUGAUGUUUAAUUUAUCAAAAUUUGGAGUGUGACUAUGAAUCAUACAGGGCUUUUCACUGCGCAAGCUGGAGUUUCUGGCCUCAUCAUACUUGCCCAUUUGCUGCCAUCAUGGUACUCUUAUUGACCUGUUUUAUAGCUAAGCCACACUUGAUGAUACUUGUAAGCAAUGUUUAGUGACUUAUUUGACCAAGCUUUCUUUACAUAUGGCAUCAGUGUGCCAUUACAUGUGGUACUUAUUGUGUUGUAUCAGAAGUCCAUAUGAUAGCGAAAGCUAUAAUUAUGUAAAAUGACUUGUGAACUGAUUAAUAAAGGACAACUGAACUUGC